GUAGACUUUGACAUGUGCUACGUUUCAACAAUUCUUUCGAAUGAAUCAGAUUCAAAUAAAUUUUGACAAAUUAUUUCAUCGAAAUAGUAUGUUUUUUUAAUUUUCGUUGAAAAGACAAUGCAAAACAUGUCCGGAAAAGUGAAAAUAAAAAAUAUAUUUUGCAAAGACAGUGCUGUAAAAAGACGUUCGCGUAAACUUCCUUUCCCCAACUCGACAUGUCGGAGAGGAAGCGGGCUAUUGUGGUGGAUGGCUCAGGCCACCUCCUCGGCCGCCUCGGCGCGGUGGUGGCCAAGGCUCUCCUCAAUGGAGACAAGGUUGUGGUCCUGAAAUGUGAAGAAAUCAACAUCUCUGGAUCAUUCUUCAGGAACAAGAUGAAGUACAUGGAGUACCUCAGGAAGCGGUGCAACGUGAACCCGGCCCGCGGUCCCUUCCACUUCCGUGCGCCCAGCAUGAUGCUGCGUCGCGUCAUCAGAGGGAUGCUGCCGCACAAGACCCGCCGCGGCGGCACUGCCAUGCUCAACCUGCGCUGCGUGGAGGGUGUGCCCCGCGAGUACCAGAAGCUGCGCCGCAUGGUCGUGCCGUCUGCCAUGCGCAAGAUGCGCCUCCGCCCCGGACGCCCGUACUGUGAGCUGGGCCGUCUGGGACACGAGGUCGGCUGGAAGUACCAGGACGUCGUCAAGACCCUGGAGGCGCGGCGCCGCGUCCGUGACCGGCUCUACGCCAAGAAGAUGGCCGGCCAGAAGGCGGUGAAGGCGCGCGCACUGAGGCAGGUUUCCAAACAGCUCGCCCCCAUCGAGAAGGAGAUGGCGUCCCUUGGAUGCGUGGUUUAAUUUGAACAAUACAUGCGCAUCACGUCA